GGAAAGUUCAGCAGAUUCGAUAGUAGUAAAAGACGAAAGGGUCCCUUCAUAAGGACAUUACUUUUAUUUCAUUACAAAGUGAAUGUCAUCAAACCCGAGGGCAGAUCAAUCCGCAAUCCAAAUUGCAACCAUAGUUGACUACCCCACCAACUCAUUCAUUCUCUCCAAUAUAGUUCCAGAGUAGAGCUUGAGAAAAAUGAGGAUGAAGAAUCUAUACAAGAAACCAAUUACUAAUUUACGUUGCAGUAGUUGGAGUAGAUAUUGUUCUAUAUCACUUGUAAUAUUAUGGACCUUGUUAAUCUUAGGAUGCAUACUUUUGCUUCAUCUAUAUUCCAAUAAUAACACCUCCUUGAAUAUCAUUCAUCCUCCUCCUCUUCCUUCUCAUUUCCAUCAACUCCAACAUGUUGAAAAGGAGAACUUCCAAAUCCCCCCACCAAACAAAAAGAGGUCACCUCAAAGCAAAUCAAUAACACCAUUGGUUGAUGAAUUCUUGGAUCAAGAUUCAUCACUUAGACAUGUUUUCUUUCCUCAUAAAACAAUUGAUCCAAUGAAGACUAUAGGGAAAGGAAAGAAUGAUAGUUAUAAUUACUACUACCCUGGGAAAAUUUGGUUGGAUACUGAUGGAAAUCCUAUUCAAGCUCAUGGAGGGUGCAUUCUAUAUGAUGAAAAUUCAAGUACUUAUUAUUGGUAUGGUGAAUAUAAAGAUGGCCCUACUUACCUUCAUAAUAACAAAGGACCUGCUCGGGUGGACAUUAUAGGAGUUGGUUGCUAUUCUUCUAAGGAUCUAUGGACUUGGAAAAAAGAGGGCAUUGCAUUAGCAGCAGAGAAAACAGAUAAAACACAUGAUCUACACAAGUCCAAUGUGCUUGAGAGACCAAAAGUUAUUUACAAUGAAAAAACAAGAAAGUAUGUGAUGUGGAUGCAUAUCGACAACGCCAAUUACGCCAAAGCUACCGUUGGCAUAGCAUUCAGUGAUACUCCUACCGGUCCAUUCAAAUACCUCGGGAGCCAAAGACCUCAUCGAUAUCAAAGCAGGGACAUGACACUUUUCAAAGAUGAAGACAAUGUUGCAUAUCUAAUAUACUCAUCUGAAGAAAACAAUGUAAUGCACAUUGGACCCUUGACUGAAGAUUAUCUCAAUGUGACAUCUGUUAUGAAAAGAAUUUUCGUCGGUCAGCGAAGAGAAGCGCCGGCUAUGUUCAAACACAAGGGAACAUAUUACAUGGUUACAUCAGGUUGCACUGGAUGGGCACCAAAUGAAGCACUUGUUCAUUCAGCUGAGACAAUCUUAGGGACAUGGGAAACAAUUGGAAAUCCAUGUGUUGCUGGAAACAAAAUGUUUAGAGUUUCGACUUUUCUUGCACAAAGUACUUUUGUGCUUCCAUUAACUAGGUUUCCUGGUUUGUUUAUCUUCAUGGCGGAUAGAUGGAAUCCAAGUGAGUUAAGAGAUUCUAGAUAUGUUUGGUUGCCUUUAAUUGUUGAUGGACAUGAAGAUCAAGCAUUUCAAUAUGGUUUUGAUAACAAAUUGUGGCCAAGAGUUUCUAUCUAUUGGCACAAAAAAUGGAAACUGCCUUUGGGUUGGAACACAUUCUAAUGAUGGGUUUUUGUUGUUGUACAUUUGUUUAAUUUGCAAUUUCAUCGAGGAAGCAUAAAUCCUUAAGAGGUGUAUCCAUGCAACAGUGUCGUCAGAAGAGACCUUAUGGAAGAUGUUUAUAGAUAUGUACUUUUUAAAGUUUGAGUUUUUAUUUUUUUUUUCGUUUCAAA